GCUCCACCCUCAUACAGACGUAACACAGGCGAGGAGCAUACAUUCACCUAAACUCAAAUGGAUAUUAAAUGAUAUUUCUCGACUUUACGACAUAUUCUAGCGCAAGUAGGUGUUCGCGGCGUCUUCUAGUCACCUUGUCGUGACAGCAAAGACUCGAAUUGUUUCUCCAUUAUUAACAAAUGAUUCACGCUAAAGCAAAGGGUCGUUUACACGGGUUUCAGUCAUGCGGACGCGGAGUCAAAAGUGGCUGGAGGUAAACCUCAGAUAGCCAGUCCAAAAACUGCACACAUACAUUUGCAAUGACGCGAUUAGACAACGAAUCGUUAUCUGUUUGACCAAUUGAACCGAUCAAAGUGCGAGCAAGAGAAACACAAGACUUCGGUCAGUGAAGUGAGGAAGAGGAUUCGUUUGCCACGGGAUCACUAAACUUGGCCACUUUAAUGGGAACAGAUAACGUUUCAGAGGUAAAGGAGAAGGGGGGAAGGUCACCAUGGAAGGAUUUAAUCGAGGAUAUAAGUGUUUUACAAUUAGUGUUGUCAUUUCUUUUUUUAGGAGUGGCUUGUCUACUGUUGAUGAUCUACCUGAUGUUCACCUCUCUGUGGAUUUUCCCCACACUGUACUUCACCUGGCAGAUCUAUGAUUGGUACACACCUGAGAGAGGUGGCAGAAGAACAAAGUUUGUGAGAGGCUGGGAAGUAUGGAAACACUUGCGAGACUAUUUUCCAGUGAAGCUGGUAAAGACUGCUGAAUUAAAUCCCAAUAAAAACUAUAUUAUGGGUUGUCACCCCCACGGCAUCAUGUGUUUUGGAGCCUUCUCCUGCUUCAGCACAGACCGCAAUGAAUUUGCGGAAACCUUUCCUGGAAUACGGUCCACUCUGGCAAUCUUAGCUGGACUUUUCCGCCUUCCUCUCUUCAGGGAUUACAUUUUAGCUGCAGGAUUGCUGCCUGUCAGUAAGGCGAGUUUGGAUUAUUUGCUGAGCCAAACUGGUGUGGGUAACGCUGUGGUCAUCAUCAUUGGUGGAGCAGAGGAAUCACUGACCUCCUCUACAGGAGUAAACACUGUGGUCAUAAAACACAGGAAAGGCUUUGUACGACUGGCUCUUGAACACGGGGCAGACCUGGUUCCUGUGUACUCUUUCGGAGAGAACGAGCUGUUCCCGCAGGUGGUUCUGUCUGAGGGCAGUGUGGGUCGACGGCUGCAGGUUCUUUUUAAGCAGAUUAUGGGUUUUGCUCCAUGUAUCUUCACAGGAGGCCGGUGGCUGCUUCUGCCGUACAAACUUCCAGUCACCACUGUGGUGGGCUGCCCCAUAAACGUCCCUCUGGUGAAAAUCCCAACUCAAGAACAGGUGGAUCAUUACCAUGGUUUAUACAUGGCGUCUCUGGCUGAUCUUUUCCACAAGCAUAAGACUAGCUACGGACUGGCCGACACACACGAGCUGCACUUCAUUUAGCAGCGCUGGAAAGCACAAAGCCAUUUAAACAACUGACUGGAAAAUAAUGUGGGGCUGAUGUAAGACAAGGACAAUGCACUUAUUUCUGUACUGUUCCGUGUGAAUGUUUUCACUUCUUUGUUCUCUGAAAUUAUUCAAAGCACAAAAUGAAGCAAAUGAAUAUGGAGAUCGUAUGAAGAAGGGCAUUUGUCUGUAACAAAAACACUCAUCCUUGAGGAAAGCAAAAGAUUUGCUUACGGUUAUCUCAGCUUUGUUCUGUAAAUUUGCACUGAAAAUUUAAAACAUGUUAGUGUUUAUUAUGAAGACUUUUGGAGAAAAUCAUUUUUAAAAAUUUAUUUUAAUAUGAAUGAUUUAUAUAUGUAUUUUGUUAUGUCGGUUCGUGUGAAAGAUUAUAAAAGCAGCACAUUUUUACAA